AUGGGUUUUCUGCUGCAUCUGCUGAUUCUUGGCGGCUCGCCGAUAUGUUCCGGAUAUUUUAGCCCAGAUACCACCGACUACGAUGCUUAUGGAUUGAAGAUGGCUGCCAACAAUCUUAUCUUAGUUGAGUCACAGCCUGAUAAUACUGCAUUUUUCAUCCUAUUCCCACCCUACAACAAUGUAUCUACUGGCCAGCAAUUUUCCCUUGACUAUGACGAUGGCAAUGAUUAUGUUUAUUCGGUAGGAGUCGGGUUUCAGGCAAGUGACAGUAACUUUUACGCGGUAGGUCAAGUCGCCACUGGAAACGGACAGGACAUCGAUCUGAGUGGAGGUAAUGCCACAUUCAUUGCUUAUUACAAUGCUACAAACGACGUACAAUGUGGUCAAAUUGCUCGUACUAUAAUUAGUGAGAUUCCUUUCUUACCAGAUGAUUUUCUCGUUAUGGUGGUUCAUCCAACUGGACAAUUUGCACUAGGGCUGGCUCCAAAUUUUGCCUUCAUAUUCAAUCCAUCAGGUUCGCCCACACUGAUUACGAAAACUUCAGUUUGGUCGAAUAGCUCCUUUACCCCAAGAGCAGCAGACAUAGAUACCAAUUUUACUAUUGUAGCUGGUAUACGUACUAAUUCAGCCUCUUCCCGUGCGCUUGCUAGCGUUGUUGUCUAUCUAAUCGAUAACACAUUGAGUCAUAUAUAUUCUACAUGGACCUACGUACCAACAGCCAACAGCUGGCAAAGUCAAUUAAAAUUUUCGGGCUACGACAGCUGGUCUGUCAAAUAUACCAUGUCCGUUGAUAUCAAUAAUUAUAAUCCAACCCGUGUACUUGUCGGUGUUCCUUGUGUCAAUACUGUCUUUCAUUUUAUCGUAGGUGGCGGCGGAACAACAUUGAACUUGACAGACCAAAGAAGUAGUGGCAAUAGUGUUGGGUUCGGCAAGGGUGUUGCUUGGAUAUCAUCUGACCAAGCUGCCAUUCUUGCAAACAUAUAUACAUUAACAUUCUCCUCUUGGUUGUCUUCACAAAUUUGGGUUUACACGCAAUUGCCCUCAACUAGCCUUGUCUCAACACCAACAGUCAUCAUACCCAAUAGCCAACAACCUAUACCUUCUACUAUCAGUAGUGAACUUAUCAAUCUAGUCUCCACUCCAAGUGGAUUGGUUGUCUUAGACGUAUCUGGUGGAAUUCUCUUUAUUUUAUCGACUCCACCUAGCUAUUAUGCUUCGACGGAUCCGAAUCUAGCACCGGACUCUAUUGCAAUACCAUCCAUUAGUACAACACAAAGUUGUCUUGCUGGCAUGAUGAAGAGUGACACAGGACUUCAUCGCUGCUCUCUUUGCCCUAUGGGUUGGAGAAGUUCAGUAGGUAGCAUCAACUGCACAGCCUGUAAUGCAUCAGCAUUUUGUCCGCCUGGUGCUGUUGCUGAAGUGUCACAAACCGAAUUACAAACGAUUUUGCAAGCAUAUCCCUAUUACAAAAAUCCAGACACAACACUAUUUGAUGAUGUUCUUUUAAAAAAUGUAUUUCACAUAGGUUCGACUAGACAUUGUGUUGUUGUAUCACCUAUAUUCUGGACUCUGAUUGUUCUGAUCCCACUAUUGGCUCUUAUUGGCAUUCUAUUAAUGUGUCAAAAGUGCAGUCGAAGUUCACAUGAUUCAGCGCGCAUGAAAACUAUAAAAAAGUGGUUAAAACGCACCGAUCUUGUAGCUGAAGGUGAGAACUGGAUUGGCGGAUUGUUCACACUCGCGCUUAUUGUGCUAUUGAUCCAAACCUAUGUGUUCGCCAACAAUUUUAUGUUUCAGUAUCCGGCAGCAAGUGUUGGCAACAGCAAUUUCGCUUGCGACGUUACAUUACGAAACGCUUUGUUCGAUACAUCACUAAAGUCACUUGCCAUUCCACCAUCUAGUGAAGAGCAAGACAUGUUCGAUUUGCUUAACAAUCAACAGUGGACGUUGAAUGUUAAUUUGAUCAAUACGGCAAUUAAUUGUUCAUCAAUAUCUCCCUACGAAAUUAUCGGUACCUCGUCGAUUGCACUCAGUCUAGCAACAUGUAAGAACGUAAACUCUGCAGUGAAAGCGACUAUUGUCUUAUCGAAUCAUGCGGAACAGUUACAAAUAGUAAUCAACGAUAUCAACGUAAUUGGAGGCAUAGCAGUGGGUUUUACUGGUCCAGGAAGCACUGCGGGAAGUAAAUCGGUUCAGCAAAUGAAUUUUAUUCAGGCAUUUUACAAUACUAAUGAAACAUUAGCUCAAUCAAUUCUCAUUGCUCUACAGCUCAUCAUGGCCAUAAAUGAGACCGAAUCAUUAAGUGGAUCAGAAACACAAUAUUCAGGAAUUUGGUAUCCAAUAUAUACUGUAGACAAAAGUACGAUAUUAGUCACGCGUGAUGAAUAUGCGAUCUUAUCCAAUUUGACUCAAACUACAAUAGCAAUUACUCUCACGGAUAGUUCAUACUAUAUCAAUCACGUACAAUCGCCGCUUGCCAAACAGCCUGAAGUGAUAUUCAAGACGUUUUUGGUCACUCUUAUUAUUUUGGAAAUGAGCGGUUUAUGUUUUCUUAUAUCUAAACUUAUAAUCUUCCCUUUAAUCAAAUUCCUCUUCUGUCGACACAAGAAGUUAAGAACUAAAAUAUUUGGGGAAAAUGAAAAAAGUGGUGAAGAAAAGGACGAAGAAUAUGAGAUGGAGGAGGAGAAGGGUCACGCUGCUAAUCUCGAAGGUCAACAUCACAAAUCAUCUGGAUACAAAUCAGCAAAAGUAUAUCCAAAUUCAGCUCAUCACAAUCAAUUGGAUAAAUUUAAAGAGCCACAUUUGGAUGCAUCCACUGAAGAACGCAAUGACUCAAAAUAG